AUGGCUAACCGCACUGAUGCCAGUGCUAUAAAAAAUUUUGGAUCCAAUCCACAGUACUUAAUAUCAAAUAUAAUAAGAAGUAAAAUAUAUGAUAGCCCAUAUUGGAAGGAAAAAUGUUUUGCUCUGACAUCCGAAUCCAUCAUUGACCAAGCCAUAAAUUUAAAAUACGUAGGUGGUACCUACGGGGGUAAUAGAAAGCCUACACGUUUUUUAUGCUUAAUUUUAAAACUGUUACAAAUUCAACCCGAUAAAGAUAUAAUAUAUGAAUAUAUAAAAAAUGAAGACUUUGUAUAUUUAAGAGCACUAGGUAUAUUUUAUUUAAGAUUAAUAGGGAAGAGCUUAGAAGUAUAUAAUCAUUUAGAACCCAUAUUAUUUGAUUAUAGGAAAAUUAGAAUGAGAUUACAAAAUGGUACUUUUGAAAAAAUAUAUAUGGACGUAUUUGUUGAUAAUUGUUUAAUUUUAAAUAAUUUUCUAGAUGUGGAUUUUCCAACAUUGACCAAGAGACAAGUGUUAGAAGAAAAUAAUUUAUUACAAAGAAAAAAUUUGGAAUAUUACAAAGCUUUAUUAAACAUUUCUUCAGAUAAUGAACUAUUUAAGAAUAACGAGGAUACAACACAUAAUAAAAAUAAGGAGAUUAACAAAAAUAAGAAUGAAUAUAAACAAAGGGAUAUGUUAGAAAGACAUAAAAAAAUUAAUAAAUAUUCGUCGGAAGACGAUCAUAAUUAUUAUCAUAAAAAGGAAGGAAAUUAUGACAAGAACAAAAAACACAAUAAAAUAUAUAACCAUAAAUAUAAUAAUAAGUAUGAUGAUGAAGAAAGACGUCAUCAUUCUGAUUAUAGUAGUGAUAUGGAUAGAAAAAGUAGAAAGAAAGAAAAAAAAAGAACACAUUCGAAAUAUGAUCAUAAAAAAAAAAAAGAAAAAAGAAAUUACUCAUCCGAUAGUAAACAUUCUUUUACAAGUUCAGAAUAUAGUGUACAAAAUAAAAAAGAAGAACAUGAUAAAAAAAAAAAAAAGUUAUUCUUUUUAAAAAAACAAAAAAAAAAAAAUUAUCAUUCAAGUUCUCAAAGUAAUCAUAGCUAUGAUGAAAAUAAAAAGGAUGAAUUGUCUAUUGAUAAAUGGAAUGAAAUUAGGAAGGAGUUGGGUAUGAAACCUCUUAAAUAA